AUGGACUCCGAGACGCAAGCUCCAGUUGCAAUACAAGCGGCUUCAAUAUGGUUGAACAGAUAUCUGACUAUCUUAGCACUGUCGAUACUAUACUACGACUAUCUAUUGACCUUUGGCGACGAGGUUGGGCAUUUUUGGGGAAAGGCCAAACUGUCUUUAGUCUCGGUGCUAUUUGUGUUCAACCGAUAUCUCGGUCUCUUGGGACCUAUUCCCGUCAUUGCCGAAUUCUUCAUGGACUUGCCGCCAUUACGCUGCCGACAAUUGCAGAUGUACCACCAGUAUUACGCGAUUAUCUGCCAGCUGACCGUAGGCAUGAUUCUCAUUGCUCGUACUUAUGCCCUAUACAGCCGAAGUAGGCGAGUCUUGAUAGGGCUGUUGACAUUCGCAAUACUCCUACUAGCAGCCACGAUUGCUGCAGUUACUGCGAAGACGACCGUCGUCACCUCAAGCGCACCGCAACCUGAGACAUCCAUGGGAUGCGAUCUCUCUCUAACGUUUGCUCAUGCUGUAGGCUGGAUAGCUAUGCUCUGUCUGGAUACAACCGUAUUCAAUCUCACACUUGCCAAGACUGCCCAAAUGCGCGAAUACAUGCAUCACGGGUUGUUUUCGGUUCUAUUCCGCGACGCCAGGAUCCGAUGGAUUGACCUCUACGCCAGGGUGUUGGUGGUUGCGGGAGUUGCGAAUUUACUCACGUUCUUGAUCACGGACGCGAACAGGGGACUCGCGACCACCUUGACGAAUGCCCUCUCCACCACCCUCAUUUCGCGCAUCUGCCUCAACAUACGAGACCCAAAUCUGCACGCCAACGCACAUCUAGGUGAUCAAAUGCGAGCUUCGUCGACGUCGGGGAUAGAUGCAACGAUCGCCUCGCAGCACAUCCAGCUGGGCUAUCUCCGGACCAGACCAACCCGGGAAACUGCAGACUAUGCAGGGUGA